CAUCUGCAGAAUAUCGACCGCGGACGAGCCCAACCAAACCAAACCAAACGCAAACUGUGUGUUCAUCGUUACCGUGUUCAGCAGUCGCGGUGUGCGGUGUGAUUCCCACCUCUGACCACUGCACGCAACAGUGUGAUGUGAUGUUGUAACCUGAUGAAAGCCAGCACCUUUGCUUGCACUUUCGAAGAAAGCUGACAAGCAUGACGACCUGAUCAUGUGCUGUGACGUGGUCUUGCACCCAAGCACCCAAUCAAGUUUAAGUUCUUGGCAAUCUGAUGGAACCAUGACGCCACAACACACGUGCAAACACCAAGAUGUGGUUGGAUGCCUGACAAUCACAACCACGCACCCCCUGCCCCUCCCAGCACGUACAUUCAAGUUCAAGGGAUUUUCAAGAUCAGGUUUCCAUGAAAACCUGACACCACCCGCAAGUCAAACCCCACAACCACUGUGUGUGCCGGAACGCUGACGGUAUGGCGUCGCCGCAUGGUGAUGGGCUACUGCGGUUGUGUUGUGUGCAGAUCGGCAAAGAUGUGCUUGCUGCCAUGAAACAUAUCCACCGGCAUGUGCUGAGUGCAGUCAAGCAGAUACAUGUCGAUGUCAUGUCUUCCGUGAUCAUUUUCCAUCGCUCCACUUCAAGACUUCCAGACCUUCAGACUCCCACUUCCUCCGCCUCUUCCAAAUCACACACGACCUCGACAGCUCGACGAUAUCCCCCGCCCUCCAUUCCCUGAGAAUCGAAGUGUCGCACCUUUGGCGCUACCACCUCAACGACUUCAAGCAAGACCAUCAGACAAGGCUCCACAGCGCGACAGACAACGCGCCCACCCCGCUACGUGCCUUUAAGGCCUUCCACCAAGAAGACCGACUCCGCUUGGCUUCAAGAACGAGCCACGCCGUACGUCUCCACAGGAGUGGCAGCUAUGAUGUCCACCAUGGUUUCUCUACUGAUGGCCCUGAUUGCCAUCGCACUCAUGGCCCCGCAAGCUGUGACGGCUCAAGACAACAACACUGCCACCACCUCAGCGUCAACGACCGCCGAUGCACGCUCAACCACGAUCCCUCCAACUCCACGAAUUCCCAUUGGCUGCGUCCUCUCGCCCAUCCAGCCUUCCGUGUGCGAUGCAUAUGAAGAGUUUCUGCACGCGGCCAUCCCUGGGCUCUUCGACUUGUAUCGCAUGUCAGAGCUGGAGCUGCUGGACCAGGUGCACACCUUGGAGUAUGCUCUCGUCGACACCAAGACCAUGUCUUGCCUCGACGUUGAGCAAGGAUUUGCCCCUCUCAACGGCUUCGGCCUUCCUGUCGUCACAGGUGCGUUCUUGUGUGUGCGUGUAAGCAUGUGUGCGUGUGUGUGUGUGUGUGUGUGUGUGUGUGUGUGUGUGUGUGUGUGUGUGUGUGUCCAGUUCCUGGGCACGCAAGACCGCGUGCUGAACGCCGUGCUGUCUGGUGAUGCUGCUGCCGGCAUGGUGCAAACCGGUUUCCUCGAGCAAGCUGCACGCGAUGGUCUGCUCAACUGGGAAGACAUCGAUAUCCUCGCCCAGGAGAUUGCCAUCUCCGAAGACGGCACGCGCUUCCCCUACUUCAGCUCAACCCCCAUCUACCCUGGCUGGACCGCUGUCGCCACGGGCCUGUCGUCACUGCGAGAGCGCAUAGAUGUGCUUGACUUCAUCCUGGCUGUUAACGACACGACUGUCACUUUCACGUCGCCCGAGAGCUUUGCCAGCGUCGGUGAUAUCCUGGAGAACUUUGGCGUGAUUGAGCGCGAUUUCGUGCGCACGACAGAGACCCGCUGCGUUCGCAAGGCGUCGCACGUCGUUGUUCCGGAGAACAGCGAGGGUGCAGCACCCGCCGUUGCGAUUGAUGUUGGCCAAGCACAAGCUGAGCAAAUCGAUGAACCUGGCGCCGUCGUGUUGGCCGCUUCAGGUGAUGACGCGAGUUCCAACGCGCACACCAGCGAGCUUGUGGCCUCUCAGGUCAUCUGCCCCAACACGCACUUCAUCUUCAACCACGUCGUGCUCGCCACCCGCUGUGCCGGCCGCUCGUGCCCCGAUCAAGCCCGCUGCCUCUGCCGCCCAUGCCAGAAAUCGCCACCUGUCCUGGCACACGUUUCUCCGGUGCAGGUGACGGAGCAGUUCUUCCAACAGGACACCGCAACGGCGGCAGCAGCGGCUCGCGACUUGCUUCUGACGUCGUGCCAGCGAAUGCAGGUGUGCGCAUUUUCACAGCAGGCGCAGCCAACGUACUUCGUGCUGGAGGACCACCUCUACAAUGAGCGGCCAAACAAGGACUCGCUGUUCUACUACGUGAACCUGUUCUGGGCGGAAGCAGAGGGUACCGUCAGCACUGAAGCCAUGCCGCUGCCCAACUACCCAAACCUCGCCGCAUUCAACGUCACGGGCACCCGCUACGGCACCGGCGUCAUCGAGAUCUAUGUUGCUGACCGCAACACGGAGAUCACCGAGUGGCAACCCAUUGAUGGAAGCCCCUUCCUGCUUCAGGUCUCGCCACGCGACUGCCCAGAUGGAAUGGAGCCCACGCAGGACAACACGUGCGAAUGCCCCGUCGGCACACUCCACCUCAGCGGGAAAUGCAUGCAGGCAAAGGAGUACCUGCCCCUCUUCAUCGGCAGCGCCCUGGCUGUGAUUGGCAUCGGCGUGUACAUUGCCAUUGCGCUGGUGCGGCGAGGCGCAGACAAGCUGUGGCAGAUUGACGCGGCAGACGUUGUUGUGAGCGACCCACCGGAGGUGCUUGGGAUGGGCGCGUUUGGCGUGGUGAUCAAGGGCGAGCUGAACGGCACCGCCAUCGCCAUCAAGCGCAUCAUGCCCAAAUUACGUGGCGCUACCAGCAGCAAGCGGGGCGGCUCCAAGAAAAGCUCGAAGCGGAGCUCCAAGAAGGAAUCCACCAACAACAACAAUGACAACGCCGACGACCAUACAGUGGUUGCGAUGAGUGGUGUCACGGCCAUGUCAACCUACCAAGCAUCCAAGACAACCAACGGCUUUGGCAUGCAGUUUGACAACAUCGACAACGAGGCGGCAAUUGAACGCGCGCUGGAGUGGCAGGAUGACAUGGCUUUUGAUGGCGCAACCAUGCACCACACCGUGCAUGAGAAGAGCCUGAGCAACGCUAGGUCUGAGUUUAUGGCGGAGAUUCGCCUGCUGUCGCGCCUGCGUCACCCGUGCGUCGCCACCAUGCUCGGCGCCAUUGUCACCAAGUCAAGCGAAGUUCUCCUCGUCCUGGAAUACCUCGAGCACGGGUCGCUGUAUGACUUCCUGCGCAACGACAAGCUGCCGACACCAGACAUGUUUCUGCUGCCCAUUGUCAAGGACAUUGUGUCUGGCAUGCGCUACAUCCACAACCUCAAGCCACCGGUUGUGCAUGGCGACCUCAAGGCAAAGAACGUGCUUGUGGACGGCAACUUCAAGGCCAAGGUGUCCGACUUUGGUCUCUCCCAGAAGCAACGCUUUGGCUGUGGCACCCCCUUCUGGAUGGCGCCAGAGGUGCUGCGCGGAGGAGAGGUGACACGGGAGGCGGACGUGUACAGCUUCGCCAUCACCGUGUACGAGAUCUACAGCCGACAGGACCCGUUCCCAGAAGAAGACGCGUCGGAGGUGCUGCGUCAGAUUGCCGCGCGCCAGGUGCCGGCAAAGCGACCCGACAUCCCAGACUCGUGCCCCGUCAUGCUGGCUGAGCUUGCGCGGCGGUGCUGGUCCGAGGAGCCCAAGUUCCGGCCAACGUUUGACCAGGUGGAUGCGCAGCUGGGCGAGCUGAACAUCAGCAAGGUGGGCGCAAGCCUCAUCCAGCAGAAGCAGGAUGCACUCAACAAGGCCACGGUGCUCAACGACGUGUUCCCGCCGCACAUUGCCAAGAUGCUGGAGGAGGGCAAGAAGGUGCACCCGGAGCACAAGGACGACGUGACCAUCUUCUUCUCCGACAUUGUGGGCUUCACCAACAUCAGUGCGCAGCUGACGCCGGCGGCGGUGUCGGACAUGCUGGACCGGCUGUACUCUGCCUUUGACGAGCUGACGGAGAAGCACGGCGUGUUCAAGGUGGAGACCAUUGGCGACGCGUACAUGGCGGCAACAAACCUUGUCAAGCCGCAGCACGACCACGCGCUCCGCAUUGCGCAGUUUGCGGAGGACGCCAUCAAGGCGGCGCAGUCGACGUUCAUUGACAUGGAGCGGCCGGAGCUCGGGUGCGUGAACAUCCGCGUUGGGUUCCACUGCGGCCCUGUUGUGGCCAACGUUGUUGGGCGGCGCAACCCGCGGUACUGCCUGUUUGGGGACACGGUGAACACGGCGUCGCGCAUGGAGAGCUCGAGCGAGCGCAACAAGAUCCACGUGUCGACGUCUGCGGGAGACCGCGUGCGGAGCCAGGCGCCGUGGGUGAAGCUUGAGUCGCGCGGGGUGCAGAACAUCAAGGGCAAGGGCGAGAUGCUGACAUACUGGCUGGUGAGCACGAAGAAGCCUGAGCAGACGGGGCGUGUUGCCAUUGCGGAGAACGAGGCCACCGUCAUUGACAUGGGCGAGGGUGACGAUGCAAGCAGCUGCGACAUCGAUGAUGGUGAUUGCCACGAUCAAGAGCACAGCGGUGAUGACGCCGACGGCCACAGGAACAGCGCGCAGCCGAAGGACAGCAUUGGGGGCGGGUUUGUGUUCAAGAAGAAGCGUGCGUCGUCCAUUGGGCGGCAGUCGGCAGGAGCACACGAGGGCCGCGCAUCGGCGCGCGUGUCCCUGAGCUCCGUGUCGUGGCUCAAUGAUGCAAAGGAGUUUGAGGCCCUGUCACGUGACAACCUUGACACCCGUCGCACCUCCACCACCCCACGCAACCCACCACCACCACCGUCGUCGUCACCAUUGUCGGCAAUGCCCCCUUCCCCUGGUGAUGACCACGAUGACCAUGAUGGUGACGCGUCGCGGCCGAAGAAGAAGCGCUCGUCGUACUACGCGCUGGCGGCGGUGGAUGCAGAGGCCUCGCCCAACAACCGCGGAUACAGCGCCAUCAUGGAGGGCAGCGAUGACGAUGGGGUGGACGAGGGGACGGGAACGCGAGGUGAUGGAAACAGCGUCACCAUCUCCAUCCAAGAAUCAGAAAGCGUUGACGUGUAAUGUGUCUGGGUGAUGUGGUUGUGUGUGUGUGUGUGUUGGUGUGUGUGUGUGUGUGGUUGUGUGUGUGUGUGUGUGUGUGUGUGUGUGUGUGUGUGUGUGUGUGUGUGUGUGUGCUUGUGUGUUGUUACAUGUGUGUGCGUGCGUGUGUGUAAUCUGUUUGUGGGUGGCGUUCUUUCUUCACACCCACUCUCAUCUCCCCUUGCAAAACAGCGGGCAAUCAUGUUGGUUAUACUUACAUUUACACAACAACGCGUUGAACUUUGGAUUACUUGUGGCCACUGUGAUAACAUACACCUGACUACCUGA